UCAGUGGCAGAGUGACCUUCGAGGGAGUUGUGUGUGUUAGACUGUUCUCUCUGCCCAUGUGACUGAGAAUACCAUUUAGGUUUACUCUCACAAGUGCAGUGCUAGUGAAACGUGCCUCUUAGUUACCAUUCACUAACUUAUGGUGUUGGAAUUGCCUGGAAGGACGUGAUUGAGCAAGUAGAGGUUUAAAUGCCACCCCACAACAUACAAAACAGAAACUCCCUCAAACUAACAGAGAUGGAGGAGGAGGGACUUCGAGCUAAUCUUUCCCACCAAGAACUCCUGCCGGGGGAGGCGACGGCGGUGACUGUAGUGCCUGCAGAUGGGAGGGGAGGAGGGGAUGGGGCAGAUCCCUCCUCCUGCGAGUCCUCCGGUCCUCCACGUGGCACGAGCGUCACCAAAGGACAGCUGGUGGUGGUGAUCGUCCUUUUCUAUGUGAACCUCAUUAAUUACAUGGACAGGUUCACCGUGGCAGGAAUCCUAUACGACAUUCAGAAAUGCUUCAAUGAUCUGAGUGACACCAAGGCAGGACUGCUGCAGACUGCCUUCGUGUUGGUCUACAUGGUGAUGGCGCCUCUCUUUGGGUACCUGGGCGACCGCUACUCCAGGAAGUACCUCAUGGCUGUGGGCAUCUUCUUCUGGAGCCUCGCCACUCUUGUUGGGUCCUUCAUGCCUAACUACGGGUGGUUCCUGCUGUUCCGGUGCCUGGUGGGUGUGGGAGAGGCCAGCUACUCCACCAUCGCCCCUACCAUCAUCUCAGACCUCUUCGUCAGUGACACCAGGUCCAAGAUGCUGGCCAUCUUCUACUUUGCCAUCCCUGUUGGCAGUGGCCUGGGUUACAUCAUAGGGGCAGAGGUGACAGAGCUCGCCAAGGUGAGCGAGACAGAUUGGGAGGCGUGGCGGUGGGGCCUCCGUGUGACACCUGUGAUGGGUCUCCUGGCGCUGGCGCUCAUCCUGUUCCUGGUGCGUGACCCGCCCAGAGGCAGCAGUGAGGGAGGCCAGCACCUCCAGGCCACCUCUUUCUUGAGUGAUCUGCGUUACUUGUUCUUUAACAAGAGUUUUGUGCUCUCCACACUGGCCUUCACCUGUGUCACCUUCGUGGCUGGGGCAUUGGCAUUCUGGGGCCCACUUUUCACCAAGCUGGGGGUGCUGGUGCAGGAUCACCCCAACGCCAAGGGCAGAUGAGUGAGUCUCUGCAUUGUGUCCUUUGUGUUUGGAGCGAUUGCCAUGUCAGCAGGUCUCCUCGGCGUGCCACUGGGCUCUUUCGCUGGCCAGAAGUUGCGUGUCAAACUCCCUUAUGCUGACCCUCUGGUGUGUGGCCUCGGCUUGCUGUUCUCAGUGCCUUUGAUCCUUGGUGCAAUGGUGCUGGCUGAGUGGAACACCAUUGCGUCGUAUGUUGUGGUGUUCUUCGGCCAGGUGUUCCUCAACCUGAACUGGGCGGUGGUGUCUGAUAUUGUUCUGUACAUUGUGAUCCCUACCAGAAGGUCAUCUGCAGAGGCAUUCCAGAUCCUCUUCUCCCAUGCCCUUGGUGAUGCCGGGAGCCCAUACCUCAUUGGUGUGGUUGCCGAUGCCUUCAAGCCAUACAUACACGUGAAUGGAACCACCACCUUCUUUGCCCCUAUGGAUUAUGACAUCGCCAACUUUACAUCUACUGAGCUCACCGCCCUGGACCCCUUCAACGCCACCACCACCACACCAGAGCCAGAUGACAUCAACGCUGACUAUGUUGAAUUUAAGUCCAAGCAGUACGCGAUGUUCCUAUGCUGCAUUGUCAACGUCCUUGGUGCUGUCUUCUUCUUCUGGAACUCAUGCUACAUUGCUGAGGACAAGGCCAAGUGUGACCGCAUCAUUGCAGGUCAAGAUGAAGUGACUGGGAGUGGUGGCAAUGGCUCGGUGAAUGGAGGAGCAGUGGUGGAAGGCUGCGUGAAUGGAGGGAUGACAGAGAGCUGCGAGGCACAGAAGGAAGACACCACCAGUAAAACUCCUAUGCCCUCUGCCCCGCCUGAUGCAUGUCUAACCUCCAGCAACAAUAUUUAUGUCAAGUCUUAACUUAAGUGUACCCCAGCUGUAACAAGAUGGUGGUUCAGAUGUGUGUGUGUGUGUGUGUGUGUGUGUAUAUAGGAUUGAGUCAAUCUUGUUAUGGUCUAUCUUAGUGUGUGUGUUAAGUUUGUUCUGGCCUUUCUCAUGAUA